CCAACUCAAACACGUUUCCGCCGAUGAUUUGUGGAGACCGGUCCGGAGCGACUGAGCGGCGCCGUUAAUCGGUAGUAGAAAAAGUAAACUGGAUUGUUUCUUAGCGUAAGAUUCGGUUUCAUUCAAAUUCAAAUUGGCAAUUAGAAACCCUAAUUAUGAGCAUUUCUGAAGCAUGAAAGAGAUGAGCGGCAACGAGUUCCGAUUCUUUUUGUCAUGCGACAUCAAUCUUCCAGUUACCUUUCGCAUCGAGAGGUUGGAAGGCAAUUUGCCUUCUGUCAAGUCCUCUAUCUCAGAAUUUGAUUACACUACAGAGGAGAGAAGAGCUGAGCUAUAUGUUGAAUGUGCACUAUUCAUUGAUGGUGCUCCCUUCGGGCUUCCCACUAGAACAAGGUUGGAAUCUACAGGGCCAUCAUAUUGCUGGAAUGAACUCAUUACUUUGAGUACAAAAUAUCGCGACCUAACUGCUCACUCACAACUUGCAUUAACAGUUUGGGAUGUUUCAUGUGGGAAAGAUGAGGGAUUGAUUGGUGGGGCUACCAUUCUUCUCUUUAGCAGCAAAAAGCAACUCAAAACAGGGAAGCAGAAGCUUAGGCUUUGGCCUGGAAAAGAAGCAGAUGGAUCAUUUCCAACAGCUACUCCUGGAAAGGUCCCUAGGCAUGAGCGUGGAGAAUUGGAGCGUCUAGAAAAGCUUGUGAACAAGUAUGAAAGGGGACAGAUUCAGCGUGUUGAUUGGCUGGAUCGCCUCACAUUCAAAGCCAUGGAGAAAAUCAAGGAACGAGAAAGCUGUAAAAGUGGAAGUUCUCAUUUAUAUCUGGUGGUUGAUUUCUGCAGUUUCGAACAUCGAGUUGUUUUUCAGGAGUCGGGAGCGAACUUUUUCUUGCCAUCCCCUCCUAUAGCUUCUACAAAUGAACUUGUUAUUGUGUGGGAUCCAGAAGUGGGGAAAAUGAAUCCCUCCGAGCACAAGCAACUAAAGCUAGCAAGGAGUUUAGCUCGUGGUAUCAUUGACAGAGAUCUCAAACCAAGCAAUAAUGAAAGAAAGUCCAUACAACGGAUAUUGAAAUACCCCCCAACAAGGAUUUUGAGUGGAGAUGAGAAGCAGCUUUUGUGGAAAUUCCGUUUCUCAUUGAUGUCUGAGAAGAGGGCUCUCACGAAGUUUCUCCGCUGUGUUGAAUGGAGUGAUCUUCAGGAAGCAAAGCAGGCAUUAGAACUGAUGGGCAAGUGGGAAAUGAUAGAUGUGUGCGAUGCAUUGGAGCUUCUGUCUCCCGUUUUUGAAAGUGAAGAGGUUCGUGCAUAUGCUGUCAGUGUUCUUGAAAGAGCUGAUGAUGAAGAGCUUCAAUGUUACUUACUUCAACUGGUUCAGGCUCUUCGUUUCGAGCGCUCUGAUAAAUCUCGCCUUUGCCAUUUCCUUGUGCAACGAUCAUUGAGCAAUAUCGAGUUGGCUAGCUUUCUCCGAUGGUAUGUUACCGUGGAACUUAAUGAUCCUGCAUAUGCAAAGCGUUUUUACUGUACCUAUGAGAUCCUUGAAGACAAUAUGAUGAAGUUGGGAGCUGGUGCAAAUGGAGAUGAAGACGGACUUAAGUUAUGGCAGAGUUUGGUGCGUCAGACAGAACUGACAGCUCAGUUGUGUUUAAUAAUGAGAGAUGUAAGAACUGUGCGUGGUGGAACCCAGAAGAAAAUUGAAAAGCUUAGACAGCUUCUUUCUGGCCUUCUUAGUGAGCUUACCUAUUUUGAAGAGCCAAUACGAUCACCAGUUGCACCAGGUGUGCUUAUCACUGGUAUCGUGCCUUCAGAAUCAUCAAUAUUCAAGAGUGCUCUUCAUCCUUUACGCCUGACUUUCCGAACAGCAAGUGGUGGAAGUUGCAAGAUCAUAUUUAAGAAGGGGGAUGAUAUUCGACAAGACCAAUUGGUUGUUCAAAUGGUAUCUCUCAUGGAUCGAUUGCUUAAAUUGGAGAAUCUUGAUCUACACUUAACUCCAUACAGAGUACUAGCAACUGGACAGGAUGAAGGCAUGCUGGAAUUCAUACCAUCCAGCUCUUUGGCGCAGAUUCUCUCUGAACAUCGUAGUAUUAUAAGCUAUCUGCAGAAGUUUCAUCCGGAUGAGCAUGGGCCUUUUGGAAUCACAGCCACCUGUCUUGAAACAUUUAUAAAAAGCUGUGCUGGCUACUCAGUUAUUACAUAUAUUCUGGGCAUUGGAGACAGGCACCUAGACAACCUUCUCCUUAGGGAUGAUGGGCGUCUGUUCCAUGUUGAUUUUGGAUUUAUUUUAGGCCGAGAUCCUAAGCCGUUUCCACCACCAAUGAAGCUUUGCAAAGAAAUGGUUGAGGCUAUGGGUGGAGCAGAAAGCCCAUACUAUACCAGGUUCAAAUCCUAUUGUUGUGAAGCAUACAAUAUCCUCCGCAAAUCUAGUAACCUCAUUUUGAAUCUGUUCCAUCUGAUGGCGGGUUCCAAUAUUCCUGACAUAGCUUCUGAUCCUGAGAAAGGCAUUCUUAAGCUUCAAGAGAAGUUUAAGUUGGACUUGGACGAUGAGGCCUGCAUUCACUUUUUCCAGGAUCUUAUCAAUGAGAGUGUGAGUGCAUUGUUUCCUCAAAUGGUUGAAACAAUUCAUCGGUGGGCUCAAUACUGGCGCUGAUCCCACAAGUUUGUUGGUGUCAGUUACACCUUUGUAAAUAGCCAGAUUCUCGAAGCCCCUGUACUCUAUUUUAGUUCCUGAUAAGACGGUUUUGGACAACAGUAUUGAAAAACUUGCAACACUAUCUUCUUAGAAAUUGUAUGGAGCUUUAUGGGAGUACCCUUCAUUCUGUCUCUUUAUUAUGCAGUGUGUUCUAAUGAGAAUGAUGAUCUUUCAAAUUGCUUCUUUGAUACACUUUGUAAUGUGCAUUGUAGUUUUUGGUAAAAUUAUAAGCAUUUA